AUGCAGUCUUCAUUGAACAACUGGCUGAAGAAGCCAAGUCAGGAUAACCAGCCUGGAAAUCCCCCAAAUGCUCCCCCAAUUCUAUCGCCAAGGACUACUCGACCACCGCCGCCCCCGAAAUCAGUUUCUGCGCCUACACGCGUUCCCUCCAAUACGACGCCUACGCCCUCAGCAAUGGAGAACUGGAACGACAUACCCGACGACUUCCUCCAAGCCCCGUCGAGACCGCGAUCGAAGAAAAGCCCUCGUCCUUCUCGAGCAGUCACGCCCACCAUCUCGCGCAUACCUUCACCCAUUUCUCUCUCAGCCCAGCAACCGGCCAUCCCGCAACUCUUCGCCCUACGUCCUCUACCGCCCAACGUCCAACUCGUACCCCUCACCGAAGACUUGUUACCGGCGUUCAAACGUCUGAAUACACUCACUCUACCUAUAUCCUAUCCUGAGGCGUUCUACAAGGAGACCAUGACGGAACCACACCAUGGCAUCACGCUCGUAGCAGUAUGGCACUCUUCGCCCACGAAUGCCAACUCGCCAUCGCCCACAGAGAAGCCAAAUCUCGUCGGUGCCGUCCGAUGUCGCAUAUUGCCUUCCUCCCAACUAUACAUUUCCACCAUUGGCGUCCUGGCUCCCUACCGCUCCCAUGGUAUUGCUAUGCAUCUCUUACAGGCAGUGGUGAAGAAAGCCGUCGAGCUCCACAGUGUGCGCUGUGUCACGGCGCACGUGUGGGAGGCCAACAAGGAAGGUAUGGAAUGGUACAAGAAGCGGAACUUCGAGAUACUGGAGAGAGAAGAGGGCUACUACAGGAAGCUGAGGCCGCAGGGUGCUUUCCUUGUGAGGAAGUGGAUCGGCGUUGGAGACCUUCUGGGAAAUGGUACUGUGCAACAAAAUGGAGCAGGUGGUGAAUGA